AUGGCGGAUAACGUUGAGAUGGCGGACCCUCGGAACGAGGGGCCGACCAGACGGUUGCAGCUGCUGAAGGAAAAAGCAAAGAAGGCGGUUGUUGUUCUGGUUAUCCAUAUUUACAACGGCAAUUACUACGAUUAUCAUUAUUAUCACCAUCAAGUUGCCAACCCCAAUAACCUCUCAAAGUCCUGCUGCCCACACGGUUUUGAAGAGACAUGCUUUGGCAAGCAAACAAAGACAACGGUUGAAAAUGAAAUAAGCGGUCAAACGUCAUCACAACCGUUCUAUGAACAGUCUGUCUAUGUGUGCCGCCAUACUCCAAAGAGAGAAGAGAGAGUACGAAACAUUGGGUAA